CAUGUUUGGUCCUAAAAAUCCACUCUGUCUGUGACGUCAUCUGACAGGGCGGAGAGCCAAUAGGAAGCGCGGAAGCCCCCGCAAGGCGCGGCUUAAAUAUCCCUCCGCGGGGAGCUCGCGCGCCAGCUGAUGGCGGCGACCCACUUCAGCGCGAGACGAGGGGAAACGGCGGGAGCUGCGCGUGCGGACUGUGAGCUUUUACACGGAGAGAGACAAACAAACAAAUAAACAAACAAGCGGGCUUCAACGGAGGGUCGGAGGAGAGCGACGAAGUCUGAGGGAGCUGGAAUUUUCCCUGCCGUCCAAGAAAAAAAGACUGAACACAGGAAAGGAGGCCAACGCCCAGCAUGCAGCACUACGGGGUCAACGGCUACUCUCUGCACGCCAUGAACUCCCUGAGCGCCAUGUACAACCUGCACCAGCAGGCUGCACAGCAGGCACAGCACGCACCUGACUACAGGCCCUCGGUGCACGCCCUCACGCUGGCUGAGAGACUGGCUGGCUUCGCAUUUCAAGACAUCAUCUUGGAGGCUCGCUACGGAUCUCAGCACCGCAAACAGCGCCGCAGCCGCACGGCCUUCACCGCUCAGCAGCUGGAGGCGCUGGAGAAGACCUUCCAGAAGACGCACUACCCGGACGUGGUGAUGAGGGAGCGACUCGCCAUGUGCACCAACCUGCCCGAGGCCCGAGUGCAGGUUUGGUUCAAAAACCGCAGAGCAAAGUUCAGGAAGAAGCAGCGCAGUCUCCAGAAGGAGCAGCUUCAGAAGCAGAAGGAGUCGGGCGAAGGAGGAAGCGAGAAGGAGGACGCCUCCUCCUCCUCCUCAGCCACCAUCCUCCCUGAACCCCAGCUACCUCAGUCCUGCUCCUCCUCCUCCUCACCCUUGGAGACGGCGGAGGGUCCCGCGGCGCGUCCCGUCGCUCUGGACAUGGAGCUGAACGUCACCUCCGCGGAGCAUUCAGGCAGCGAGUCGGCCAUGGAGGACAACGCCACAGACAAGGAGGACGAGUGUAAACCUGCGAGGCAGGAGAUGAAGUGCGAGAGGGUGCUGACCCCUGCAGACGCCUCACCGGGAUGCAAAAGACUCAGCCCUAAACCAGAUUCUCCCUCAGUGUCUCCAUCGGUGACUCCUUCCUCCUCCUCCAGCAGCAGCUUGACCAACACGGGCCCCCUCUCUCAGAGCCACUCCUACUCCUCCUCUCCUCUGAGCCUGUUUCGUCUCCAGGAGCAGUUCCGUCAGCACAUGGCCGCCACCAACAACCUGGUGCACUACCCG